UUGAGCAAAAAUAUUUUCCUCAAACAUCCAUCAUCCCGCGAUAAACAGGCCGAAACACCGGCCGUAUCUGUAGCAUGCAUUGUGGCCAGGUCCGGCAGUCGCGGGCGGUGCGGAGGCGAGCCUAUAGCGUCCCACCAGCCACCAGAAGUUUGCCUGUUCAUAAAUAAACGGUAUUCAACAGGCCUUGGUGCUGUAUGCAUAACGAAUUUGAAGGAGGCAAACUUGGAGGCUGCUGACUGGGAUGGAGUAUAA